GUAAAAGCUAUCUCCAGAGUUUAAUAUAAGUGUAGACAGAGAGAGAGAGAGCUUCUUUCUUCUUCUCUUCGUCGCUAAGAGAUGAUCUUCGAAUAUAAAUCUCUGUAAGGUUUGCGAAGACCGGAGUAGUGAAUCUCGGAAUUGUUGAAGAAGACGGUACACCGGAAUCAAUUGCGAUUUUGAUUUAUGGGAACGGUUUGCGAAUCUGUAGCGACGGCGAAAUCUUCGACGGCGGUGAUGAGCUCCAUUCCGCCUUUUCUGAGCAAAACGUACGAUAUGGUUGACGAUCCAUUGACGGACGACGUGGUGUCUUGGAGCAGCGGAAACAACAGCUUCGUGGUUUGGAACGUGCCUGAGUUCGCCAAACAGUUUCUACCAAAGUAUUUCAAGCACAACAAUUUCUCCAGCUUCGUCAGACAGCUCAAUACUUAUGGUUUUAGAAAAGUUGAUCCAGACCGCUGGGAGUUUGCAAACGAGGGCUUUUUAAGAGGCCAAAAGCAAAUACUAAAGAGUAUUGUCCGGCGAAAACCUGCACAAGUGCAGCCUCCACAACAACCUCAAGUUCAGCACUCAUCUGUGGGUGCGUGCGUUGAAGUGGGCAAAUUUGGACUCGAAGAGGAAGUGGAAAGACUUCAGCGCGAUAAGAACGUCCUUAUGCAGGAACUUGUAAGGUUGAGGCAGCAACAACAAGUUACCGAACAUCAUCUGCAGAAUGUGGGGCAGAAAGUUCAUGUGAUGGAGCAGAGGCAGCAACAGAUGAUGUCCUUUCUAGCAAAGGCUGUCCAAAGUCCAGGUUUCUUAAACCAAUUUUCUCAGCAGAGUAAUGAAGCAAACCAACACAUUUCUGAAAGCAACAAAAAGAGGAGGCUACCUGUUGAGGACCAGAUGAAUUCUGGCAGUCAUGGGGUUAAUGGUCUUAGCCGCCAGAUUGUGAGAUAUCAGUCAUCGAUGAACGAUGCAACAAACACUAUGCUUCAACAGAUACAGCAGAUGAGUAAUGCACCUAGCCAUGAAUCUCUCUCAAGCAAUAAUGGUAGCUUUCUUUUGGGCGAUGUUCCAAAUUCUAACAUUUCAGACAAUGGGAGCUCCUCAAAUGGAUCACCUGAAGUUACAUUGGCAGAUGUUUCAUCCAUUCCUGCAGGCUUCUAUCCUGCAAUGAAGUACCACGAGCCUUGUGAAACAAAUCAAGUCAUGGAGACCAAUUUGCCUUUUUCUCAAGGUGAUCUCUUACCUCCAACGCAAGGAGCAGCAGCUUCUGGGAGCUCAAGUUCGGAUCUUGUUGGAUGCGAGACAGAUAAUGGAGAGUGUUUGGAUCCAAUAAUGGCUGUUUUGGAUGGCGCACUCGAACUAGAAGCUGAUACCUUAAAUGAGUUGCUUCCUGAAGUCCAAGAUUCUUUUUGGGAACAGUUCAUUGGUGAGAGCCCAGUGAUUGGUGAGACAGAUGAGUUAAUCUCAGGAUCAGUGGAAAAUGAACUGAUAUUGGAGCAACUAGAGUUACAAUCAACCCUGAGUAAUGUGUGGAGCAAGAAUCAACAAAUGAACCAUCUUACUGAACAGAUGGGACUUCUCACAUCAGAUGCUCUCAGAAAAUGAGAUUGCCACAGGCCACAAUCUUUCCUCACGAGAUGGGUUAAGAUUUUGUGGAGCCGCAACAACAAAAAGAAUAUGACCAAAGGAGGUACUAUGUAUGUAUGUAUCAAACUGUUGUAACUCUAAUUCUUGUCAAUGUAUAAUAAAAUAAGAGAAAUAUUGCCUUAAAAGAUUUUUGCAUUGCAAUAUCUUUGUUUGUUACUGACAGAAUGAAAAGGAGAUGCUUCAAAGUGAGAGAUAUUCUUCUGUUCUUGUGUAUGUCUUUAGAGAUCCUUGUUUAUUUUUGUUACAUUAAGUGCAAAAAUUGGCAUUUUGGUUAACCUGUGGCCAAAUCUUACCUGCU